AUGACCUUCCAACCACUCCUCUGCAUCGUCGACUUUCACCAUCACAAAGGUCCAGAGAUCCAAGAGUGGAUAGGUGCCGAAGAUGGGAUCGAUCCGGCCGCGCAAAAUGACUGGGGACUCAUUCCAUACAUGGCUUUGCCUGACGGAGCCCAUCAAUCAGAGGAAGAGUUCAGCUACUUCAGUCUGGUGCACAAAGCCACAGGCCAAGGCGAGACUGUCGCGACUUCAGUUUUUGGGAUAAGCUGUAUGCAUCAGAUCGAUAGCUCUGAGCUGCUCUUUCGCCCUCCAGAAGUGACGCGAUCCGCCGUGCAAAAGGCCGUCGUGGCGAUUACGGAUCGACCACAGAGUUUCAGUGCACUGAGGGAGCGACUGAGUGUGGUGACGAGAGCCUGGUUCGCUCAGAAAGACUUUCGAGAUAUAGAAAUCCUGCAGCGCUUUCAAGAGAGCUUGGCCAAGGAGGGCACCAGUCAUGAUGUGGAUGAUAGAGAUCAGUUCUUUGGUCUCAGUUUGAGGGAGCUGCUGCACACGUUUAAAUGGACAACUCUGGUGCUGUUGAAGUGCUUGCUGCUGCAGAAGAAGAUACUCUUCUUUGGCUCUCAUUGUGAGCGUCUCUGUCAGGUCCAAUUCUCCCUCAUAUCUCUAAUACCAGGUCUGGUACGAAAUCUGGGAGAUUGUGCUGAUCCUCAAAUGGACCACUAUGCUCAGACUCGCACAAUACCCAAUAGCGUCCGCACCAGUGACCGGACUUCUCUUCUCGCAUACGUUGGACUACCACUGCAGCUGUUUGGAAAAGGUGCAAUGUUCGGCCCAUACACACCGCUCCAGCAGCUAGACCUCAUCACCGACCAGGAGACUAAGAGUUAUGUGGUCGGCAGCACAAACAGUCUCCUCCUUUCACAGAAGGAGCGCUAUUGUGAUUUACUCCUCAAUCUUGACGAGAACGCCAUGACCAUUCUUACGCCAAGUCUCAAGUCCGCGUUGUCUUUGACAACGGCCGACCGAAGAUGGAUUGACUUUCUCACACAAGCUGUUAACGAUACUUGGGAUGAGAAUGAUCCUUCUCGGCCAAGCACUCAUGGCUAUGCUGGGAGCGAGGAGUUCAUUCGUCUCCAGUUUGAAGAAUACAUCAUUGCUCUACUUUCAUCAACCAAGUACCACCAGUACCUAGCCGAUCAAAAAUCUGGAGACACAAAGACCCUCUUGUCAGAUGUGGAGGGCGACCCAUCUUCCGACUUCUCAAACACCUUCAUCGAAGCAUGGCAGCACUCGGAGAACUACGGCCUUUGGAAUCGCACAACCGACAGCCACCUCUUCGAUAUUGUAGAACCUCGUCAUCCAUGCGCAGGAGGCCUGACCAUCGAAGACGUCCAACGUCGUCUAGCAACCCAAGUCUCGGAACUACAUUUAGACGAGCGUUUUAACCAAACCCGCGAUGUAGUAGGGAAGAGAUUGGCCGAUGGAAGAACACAGGUGACAUCGGCUUUCAACAAAGUGUGGGCCGACAUCGAAGUCAUGAGAGAAGCGCAACGACAAAAGUCAGAAGAAGCGAGAAUAGCUGCUGCUGCCAAUCCGCCCGUCGACAAGGCUGCCCAGGGUAGUAGAUUCGCCAAGCCAGAUAUGCAACAAGCGCAGGCGAGUGUUGCUGCUGCUGGUCAGAGAGCGGGUGCAUAUUUCAGCUCGUGGGGAUCUUGGGCUGCUGAGAAGCGGAAGACUGCGUGGGCGGGUCGUGCGGCUACUUCACCCGCAGCUGGAGAUGGGAGUUCGGAGGUUGCUGCUGGGAGUGUCAGUGAGGUCAAGUCUGAGGUCAAAUCUGAGGGGAAGGAGGAGAUUGUGCCUACGAGUACUCGUGAGGCUUGA